GGAGAAUAAUCCUUUGAGCUCUCGGGGAGACUGACAGAGAGAGAUGGAACGGUCGAACUCUUGGCUCUCGGAUUAUGCGCGUGUCAUGAGGAGUUGAUGGAUUGAAGGACAUUUUCCACAAUAAAAGGGACGUUUGAUCAAGAUUAUUUAAUGGAAACAUUUGUAACAGAGCUGCUCAUCCUCAGGGAACCGAAAUGGUGCACAAACUUUUGCUGCACAUCGCUUUGGCAGCAAGUCUCUUCUCACGUGAGCUUUCGGGUGCCUCAGCUACCAAAACAAAAACUCAAGUGAAGAAUAACUCGGGUGUGACACCAGCUGGGCAGUGUGGGACCUGGAUAAAGGAGCCUGAGGGAGGGUAUUUCACCUCACCCAACUACCCAGAAAAAUACCCUCCUGAGAGAGAAUGUGUCUAUAUUAUUGAGGCCUCUCCACGACAGUGCAUUGACUUGUUUUUCGACGAGAAGUAUUCAAUUGAGCCGUCCUGGGAGUGUAAGUUCGACCACAUCGAGGUACGCGAUGGGCCAUUUUUGUUCUCUCCCAUCCUUGGUCGCUUCUGUGGGCAGGAAAGCCCUUCAUAUGUCCGCUCCAGUGGGAGGUACCUGUACAUCAAGUUUGUCGCUGAUGGGGAAUUGGAGGCUAUGGGUUUCUCUGCCCGGUAUAACUUCACACAAGAUCCAGAAUUCACUGGAGUUGGGGAACUGCCAGCUCUGCCAUUUUGUGAGUUUGAUCUGAGUGGUCCGGAAGGCUUUGUAGAAUCAGCCCAGAUAGCCGGGGAGAGCCGGGCACUGCAGACUGAGGCUGUAGACUGCAGGUGGUUCAUCAAGGCUCCACCAAAAGCUAGGAUCUACUUGCGUUUCCUGGAAUAUGAGAUGCACAACUCGAACGAGUGCAAGCGUAACUUCGUUGCCAUCUACGACGGUAGCAGUUCGGUUGAGCACCUGAAGAAUAAGUUCUGCUCCACGGUGGCCAACGAUGUCAUGCUGGUGUCUUCUGUGGGUGUGGUGAGGCUGUGGGCAGAUGAGGGUAGCAGGAAGAGCAAAUUCAGGAUCCUCUUUACAACUUUCCAUGAGCCUCCAUGUGAAGGAGAAACUUUCUUUUGCCAUAGCAACAUGUGCAUCAACCAAACGCUGGUCUGCAAUGGUAUCCAGAACUGUGUUUUCCCAUGGGACGAGAAUCACUGCAAAGAGAAAAGGCAGGCCAGCAUUCUGGACUCACUGGAUAGUACUAAUCUCGCUAUCAUCGGAGUCACCUGUGGCCUGGUUCUCAUCCUGCUCAUCAUCUCUGUCAUCAUCCAGGUCAAACAGCCUCGCAAGAAAUACAUCAUUCGCAGAGAUGACUUUGACCCUGCCCUCCUUCACCCUGGUUUUGAGCCACCUCACUAUGAGCUCUGCACUCUGCGCCGCACCCCCUCCGGCGACCUGAACGAUGCCGACAUGACCGAAGACUACGAGAAAUUUCACAAGCUCCGACGUUCCUCCUCCAAAUGCAUCCGGGACCACCAUUGUGGCUCUUUCCCGGGGAGCAUGCAUGGCAGUGUCCACGAUAGUCGCAGCAACCUGAGCAUGAGGGAUGCCACCAUAGCGGCUGAUGGGGGGGGCCUCGUGCCACCGCCACUGCCUCCAGGGAUGGUGAGCCAGCAGUCACCGCACCUAUCCCACCAUACCACACCCGGUGGACACAGGAGUAUCCUGGUGAUGAAGCAUAGCUACUCUCAGGAUGCGGCAGAGGGGUACAGGGCAGAAGAAGACGAGGACUUGAUGAUGGAAGAUGGUCCCACCACCAGUCAGCAACGCAUGUACCACCAUCAGAUGCAUCAUGGCUCUUCAGGGCUGGAACAUGCUGUCCACCGUACACUGUCUAAUGACUUCUAAUAAAAGGCCACGUGGAAAUUAGGAAAAUGGAGAAUACAGAGCGCCCCCCACAAAAAGUGUUGUAUCUGGUGAUGGGCAAAAACCUGAUAAAAAAACAAACAAACUUAACUACUCUUCUUUAGAGUUUCUGUUAAUGUAAUAUUAUUAUAUAUAUAAUAUUAUAAAAUAAAUAUAUAUUGGUCAAUCACUGACAAUUUUCUAGAAAGGAUAGUGUAUAGCAUUUAUUAUGAUUGGAUAUUUUGUGUUGAUAAUCUGAAUGGGAUUACCAGAAGUUUGACAUAGUUCGCAACAUGAAUAGAGUGGACUAAAGCUUGUGAAACACACACUAUUAAUAUAAUAGAAAUGCUCCUCCACCAACUCACUCUAAUGCAUCGCUCCUUUUCUUUCUUUUUUUAAUGACUGCAUUGUAUAUGAGAUUAUUUUUGGAGUGCAUAACAUCGCUAAAUUAAGAACAAGUUUAGAACCAAAUAGGAAAACACUAUACUGUAUAUCAGGGAUAGCAAUUGAUGGAAACAUUCUAGUCAUCACUGUGAAGUCAACACUCAAAGAACCCUGUUGCAAAACAUUGUUUUGCAAAUAUGAUAUACACAGUGUUCUAGAAACGCUCCUGUUGCUGUGGAAAUUGUUAUGUCAUAUAUUUAUUAAUUUGUCAGCCAUUUAUUUUUGUUUGUGAGUAUUUAUUAAUGUUAUUCAUGUGUAUGUGUUUUUCCAAAUGUAAUCCUGUUUUAUUUCUGGAUGAUUUAUUGGUGGCUGUCUGUAUUUAUUUAUUUCAUUAAACAUCAGGUUUCUCCUUU